GGAAUAGUAAUAAAAUCAUUUUAAACAAUGAAAAAUGUCUAUUUUAAGGUGACCAAAAGGGAAAAAAAAUGUACAGAUUAUGUUGGGAUCGAUUUCUUUUUAUAAAACACUCUACAAUGAACUCAAUUCCAGCAUGAGUGGUUGUGUUUCUGCAGAGCCAUGACAAUAUGAGCGACUGAGUGGAAAUAAUUCGACGGCGCACAAUAGAGAUCUAGCGCUGUCCGGGAGCGCAUGCGCACUGAGCUCACACUGCAGAGCGGGGGUCAGUGACAGACAGACAUGACACCAAAUCGAGACGAGAUCCGCUGAAUCCCAGCUCUGCUUUUCCGCACGGAAUGCCGCGCGCUGCCUGAAUCCCAGAUGGACGACGAGCGCAAGCAGCACAAGUUUAUCUCGUUCCUGUUCUAUCAGGCGGUGCGCGACCUGAAGCCCGUGUGGAUGCUGGAGGACAUGCGCACCAUGGAGGCGUUUUACUGGGAGGAGGACGCGAAGCAGAGGACGUACAGCCCGUCCGAAGCGCUUCUUUACGCGAUCGUGCACGACCACCAGCCGUACGCGCAGUAUCUGCUUAGCCAGUAUUCGGACGAGGCGCUGGCCAUGCCCGGGGAGCGCUUCUGCUGCUGCCCGUCCUCCGCGCCGCACCUAGCCAUGGCCGUCCGCUACGACCGACGGGACAUUUUGGGUCACAUAUUGCAGGUGGCGCACCGCCUGCCGGGCCUGCGCUCGUACAUGAACCGCGGCGGCUGCUUCCAUCUGGAGGACGGUAAGACCCCGCUCCAUCUGGCCUGCGAACUGCUGCGCGCCGACGCCGUCAUGCUGUUGCUAGGCAACGGCGCGUCCCCGCAGGCCGUGGACCACAAUGGCAUGACGCCGCUCGACGUCAUUCUCCAGCAGCUGUGGGACUCCAAGGUGAACGUGGGGGCCAAGAAGUCCUGUCUGGACAACCUGCUGAUGUUCAUGCCGGUGAUGCGCUUCAAAAUGAAGAGUUCCCUGCAGAAAGAGCGCAAGUGCUGGUCCCAGGUGCUCGGGGAGGACAAACUCAACUACCUCAUCGGACGGGAUCCGGCGCCGCUCUUCCUCAUCGCCAUGCAGAGGAUCCUGGCGCAGCUGCCGCCUGAGCAGUUCCCCAAGAGCCUGGACAAACUGCCCAUCCCAGCCUCCCUCAAACCCCUGCCCAAACCACACACACACGGCAGCCAGUUAAAAGUGGCCUGAUGUGUGUGCGUGUGCGCGCGCGCGCGUGUGUGUGUGUGCGUGUGUGGCAUGAACUGUAUGGAUGAUCAAAACCAUUGCGGACACGAGCAUAAGUGAGCACUACAGUCUUCCUGUUUGUUGUCUUAUAAUCGUUUUAAUCAUGUAUGUGAAUUCAAAUAAUCUAUGAUCUGAUUUUAAAACUGUUGGACCCACUUUAUAUUGUGUCUUUAACUACUAACAUUUAAAUUAAUCAAUUGAUACAAUGCACUUAUUGUGUCGAAACACUUAUAUUUUAAAAUGCCUGCAUGAAAUGACAUCUAUAAUUACACUGUUGACCUUCUCUUACAUCUUAAAGGGAUAGGUCACCCAGAAAUGAAAUUUCUGUCAUCAUUUCCUGUGUAAGAUAUAGUGAGUAAGUGAGUAAGAUAUAUUGAAGGAUAUGGGUGACCAAACAGUUUAUGGGCCCCAUUGACUGUUAUAUAUGGAGGGAAAAAAAACUGUUUGGUUACCCAUAUUCUUCAUACAGAAAUUCAUACAGGUUUGGAACAUAUUGAGGAUGAACUGACCCAUACCAGCAAACCCAUCCUAACACCUCACUAACAGCAGAAGUGUUUUACAGUACAUCAUUAACACCAUAAGUGCAUUGUACCUAACAUUUUUUUUUUU